AUGCCAGACAGGUUUGCCCGCCCACUGUUCAACUGCUAUGACAGGAAGACAGAUCCGGUAGAACACGUCAGCCAUUAUAUUCAGAUGAUUUCUUUGCAUACUCAUAAUGAUGCGCUCAUGUGCAAGGUAUUUCCCUCGAGUUUGGGACCGACUGCAUUGAGGUGGUUUAAUGGGUUACGGAAAGGAUCCAUAUGUAGUUUCUCCGAGCUAAUUCAAGAGUUCGGAAUCCGGUUUGUGACGUGCAGCCGAGUACCUCAGCCAGUAGACGCACUCCUGUCAAUGAAAAUGAGGGUGGGAGAGACCCUCCGUAGUUACACCAGCCGAUAUUGGGAGCUAUACAACAAGAUCGACGGGGAUAACGAAAGGGUGGCGGCAAGCACAUUUAGGAUGGGGUUGCUCGAGGAUUCAAGGCUACGAGAGUCAUUAACCAAAAAUCCGCCCGAAGGCAUGCGACAGCUUAUGAGACGCAUCAAGGAAUACAAACGAUUAGAAGAUGACCAGCUACAAAGCAAAGGCAAGGCGUCGAUGAUGACUCGUCCCCAACAGGUAGGUUUCCCGUUCAGGCCUCGUGGGGGUCCGGUGAUUCAAGAACCAGCCACACAAAUGGGAGAAGUGAACGUGACGUUUAAGGAACCGGUACACAGGAUUCUUGACCGGAUCAAACACGAGCCGUAUUUUCGAUGGCCGAACAAGAUGGGCGGGGAUCCAUCUAGAAGGAAUCAAAGUCUAUACUGCACUUAUCACUGA